AUGCUGGCCCAGCCAACUUCGGCAGCACAGCUCCGCGGCGGGAGUCGUCGAUACGCAUGCCUAGAUUCUUCCGGAGGUCAGGCGUUCUUCCCUCUUUUAGUUUAUUUUUUUCCCCCAUCUUUGCUAUUUAAAUUCCCACAGAUGGACUUCGAAAUGGCCAUCUGGGAAAUGACAUCGCUGCUUAUAGCGCCUAAGAAGGUGUUCAAAUCUAUGUAUUAUCAUGUAUCGAACCGCGCCUUCUUCCCACUAUACCUACAUCUAUACGUUCUCCAAUUUCUCCUCCUUCCAAUCCUGACACGAAACUCAUCAUCCUCCGAAUCGUCGCCAAGCACGCUCGCCACCGUCCUCGGAAACACUCUGUAUCUCUCUGCACUUACGUAUUACACCUACAUCACCUUUUUGGGCUACAACGCCCUGCCAUUCCUCCAUCAUACCGAAUUGUUACUUGCCCCGAUCCUUAUUUUUGCAGUACUCUGGCUGGUGAGUCUGAUAGUCGGAUGGGGAAUAGUCGGGCAGGGGAUGAUCGUGGAAGGGAUGUUUUGGGGCAUAUGA